ACAACAAUUCCCCUGCAACGUCGAACGUCGGAAUUGGUUAACUCUUUCGUGGCGAUGAUUUCUAGGUCGUCCUCUAGCCGGAGAUCACGUGAUUAUGGAAGUACUUCCGCCAACAGGUCCCUGCAGAUAUUUCCGCAGGAGAGACACACGGACUUAGUUCGCCGGCAGGGUGGAUUAAUUUCGGUCCCCAGGACAUUGUCAUCAGCGCCUCUGAUGGUGCCGGUGACCGACGGGACUCAGAAGAUGACAAAAUUGUUGCUGAAAGUACACAUAGAGGGGAGCUUGGGGCCGGUGCAUGUGGUGCUUCCACCGGAGAGCUCAGUAAGUGAUUUGAUAAAAGCGGCGACCCAGAUCCACGUGAAGGAGAAGCGGCGGCCGCUGUUAAAGGAAUCAGAUCCGAAUUCUUUUGAGCUUCACUACUCUCAGUUCAGUUUGGAGAGUUUGAGGCCAGAAGAAAAGUUGAUAAACUUGGGGUCGAGGAACUUCUUUCUGUGUUCAAGACUUCCUGCCUCCUCUGCCAACGCUCGCAACUCUGAUGAAGCAGAGAAGGCAUCCCAGUUUCAUCUUUCUUUGACAAAGUUAAUGGAAUACUUGCUAUAGCUUGUUUUACUUCUUCCUGUUACUAGUACAAGAGAUGCAACAUUCAAUGCACAUUUAUAUAUGGUAUAUAUGUAGCCCUUAUCAUGUUGUCAACUUUUCUCUUUUUUUUUCAAACAAGGGCAAUUAGGAGGUAAGGAAGGGAAAGGGUAGCUCGGAGUCGAACUCUAAACCCACUCCGCCCAUCCAAUGGAGAACCAUAUUUAUCAACUUGUGCAUUAAGAGGGAAAUUGUUUAUAAGGGAAUGUGUUCAAUUCUCAAUAUCAAGCUUGUAUUAUAUUCCAUAAGGGCUAAGAUAUCAUAAACACUCUUGCUAAUU